AUCAAGAUUCAGUCAGUUUUCAGAAGCGUUGCGUUGCGUUGUAAUAACAGAACAUAAAAGAAAGAAGUGCGGAGCGUUUGUGCAGGCACCGAAAUUACUCAUUAAAUGAAUGUGAAUAAAUGCAAUGAUAAAUGGGAUAAAAGCUAAUAAGAAAUGCAAUAAUUGAGUUGAAUGUGAAAAAACGUGCAUUAAAUGAAUGAUUUCAAUUGAAUUAAUUGAAGAUAGAAUCCCUUAUAGAGCAAACAAAAGCGUGAAUAGUUCGCUCGAGCUCGCUGCUGUGAGUGCCUGGGCGUAUGUGUGGCACAGUGUGUGUGCGUGUAUGUGCGUUGGGAAUUGAAAUACUCGAAGAAAAUCUUUGCUCGCUGACUGCUGUUGGGAUACACUUUUGGGUGGCGGCGGCAGCAAACAGCAACAGCGACAACAACCACAACAACAUAAAGUGAAACAAUAACAACGAUAUUGAGGCGCGCUGUUUGUUGUUUUUGUGGAGUAGUAUACUAAGUGGAAAAUGUGUAUGUGCCAGAAAGUGAAACGAAAACGGGAACACGCCUUUUGAAGCCAGCAAAGCCAUCGACCACCAGCUAUCACCUACCAACCAGCAGCUAGCUGCUAACCGCUAGUGCGCUAGUCAAGCAGCGCCCAAAACGCUAGCUGCCCUCAGAGCUGCAACCAAAGCGAGCAGGAAUUUCAAGCGCAGCCUUAAAUGCUUGUAAUGCAGUUAUCAACUAUACUCAAACAUUAACAAUUCACGAAUUCACCUCAGUCACUGACUAGUCAUUAUGGGUAAGGAUCAGGAGUUUUUGGAAGCAGCACGCAAUGGCAACAUCACCUAUAUCGAAAAGGUACUCAAUCAGCGAGCAAAACGCGCCGGUCCGUUGGCCAGUUUGCGACGUGGACCCGGUGUCAAUAUACAGGACAGCGGUGGUUACUCGGCACUGCACCAUGCCUGUCUCAAUGGACACAGUGACAUAGUGCGGCUGCUGUUGAACAACGAAGCUUCACCGAAUCUGCCCGAUUCACGUGGCUCGUCGCCACUGCAUUUAGCCGCUUGGGCGGGCCAUCAAGACAUAGUGAAAAUGCUGCUAACACAUCCCUUUAAGCCGGCGCUGCCAAAUUUACAAACCAUCGAAAACGAGACGCCAUUGCACUGCGCCGCACAGCACGGACAUACGGGCGCUUUAGCGGUACUGUUGGCACAUAAUGCCGAUCCGAACAUGCGUAAUUCACGCGGUGAGACGCCACUUGACUUGGCGGCGCAGUAUGGCCGUCUGCAGGCCGUACAGAUGUUGAUACGCGCUCACCCGGAAUUGAUCGCACACUACAGUGUGGCUGCGAUUGAGGGUGGUGACACCAGCUUAAUGGGACAGCAAUAUCAAAAAUCACGUCGAUCGUCGCCACUACCACACUCCGGUUCGGUUUCCACACCGUCCCCUUCAUCGCCAUCGAUUACUUCUUCGCCCGUGACGCCAACGCGGAAUAUCUUCCCGCACACCUGUCUGCAUGUGGCUAGCCGUAAUGGACACAAGAAUGUGGUUGAUGUGUUGCUCGCUGCUGGUGUCAGUGUUAACUUGCUCACGCCAUCGGGUACUGCGCUGCAUGAGGCCGCCUUAUGUGGCAAGGAGUCGGUCGUGCGUACGCUACUUAGAGCGGGUAUUGAUUUGAAUGCGACCGAUGCGGAAGGCCGCACUGCAUUGGAUAUACUCAAAGAGUUUCCACCACAUGUGACUAAGCAUAUUAUUGCUGUCAUAAAUAAUUUUCGCAAUCAAAUGGAUGUCGACGUGGAUAGCGACGAGGUGGUCGUCUUUCGUCAUCAACAACCGCCGCCACCGCCACAGCGCCAAAGCAGCAGUCUAAGCCACUAUCAAAAACAGCAACAUAACAAUCACUAUCACUUCAAUUCAAACAAUCAUUUACUUAACCACGCACACUCGCUACAACAGUCUUCCACAUUUAACAGUAGCAGCACCGCAGGCGUUAGCGGUGGUGGCAACACCCUUGGCAGUGUUGGUAAUAACAGUAAACAACGUUAUGGCACAAAUCUUAAUGGCGGAAAAUCGCUGGAUAGCGGCCUUCAGCCGGAUCACUAUGCCGUAGUGGGGCGUGGUGGCUAUCACGAAGUGAAUUCUCCUGUGCACAGCACCUCCAAUAACUCUCAGAAUGAAAUGGGCGUGAGUCCAUCAUCGUCGAUGAGUAGUUUUGAGCCGGUCUCGGUGUCACCACGUUCGCGCUCUUCAACGGGCGGCAUCAUCGGUAUGACAGUUAACAAUCCUAUGCAUAUGAGCACUUUUGCGCCUGGCGCGCCACCCAAAAAGCCGCCGAGACGAAACCUAUCGGUUUCACCUACACACUCAGGGCAACAGUUUAGCUACACAUCGCCAAAUCAUCAUCAACAACAACAAUCACAACCACGUACGCGACAAGCACACCACAGCCCCUCUGCAGAGAGUCCUCAUGGUGGCCAUCAAAGUCACGGUAGUGUGGGUGGCAUGAGCUUCGAUGAGACCGCACAGUUGCGCGAUCGGCAGAGAGGCGAACGUCUAUACGCGAGCGCUCGGGAGAGUACACGUUCUACAACGGGCGCAUUGUUGGCGUCAAGCUCUAAUGAUAUGUUGGAGCGUAUGAACUAUAGCAGCGAAGAACGCGCCGAGUCUGUAGAAGGGCUGGCUACCUCGAACUCAAUGAAAAGACCACUGAACAAGUCACGUGACGUGAGCACAGAAAUUAUUAAUUGCGAGAAUCCAACACUGAAGUCAUACAAUCCAAAUAGGAAGCUGAAAAGGAAUCGCAACAGCUACUCACUAAACAUCAGCGACACCAAAGAGAAUAAGAAUGUCGAAAAGCCGCAAAUACCGCUCAGUCCGACAAACUAUCAGCAACCGCCGACACCCGAUCACCCGCCACCCUCUUCAAGUCAAGCCGAACGCACCAUACACGAGCGCAUACGACCGCUCAGCAUGGAGUACAAGCGGCGCUCAGCGCUCAUACAGCUACAACAACAGCAGAAACAGCACAGCAAAAGUAUGAUCGAUUCGAGUACAUCACCUGCCAAGCACUGGCAGUCUGCGCUCAUACCAACGCCGACCUUUGAUUACCCCGUCGGCAAUCUGUCACCGAAGCAAAGUGCCAAUGCUUCACCCACAACGACACUGUCUAAUGCGCGACGUAGUGGUGCCGGCGGCGGCGGCAUACAAGGCUCCUCCGGUUCGCUUAGUUCAAGCGUCUCACUUUCGGAUCAUAGCAUCUCCACCGAUUGUGUAGAAGAAUUCGUAGGCGAUGCGCCGUUUGCGGGACUCUUCAAGGGUUCGAGUGUUAAUUUGCGACAUGAGAAGCGUACAAUGGGUAAUCGUAAACUCGUCAUACCCACGACAGCACGAAGCGCUUCCGCAUCUGCAGCGGAGGGUCAACAACCACAACGAACACGCCCACCAAUACCAACGAAACCGGUUUUGCCCGAAUUUAACAAAAUGCUCAAAUCCAUAACUGUAAGCGCUAAGGACUUAAAGACAACAGGCAAUCAGGAAGGUUGUGAUGAAACCGAAUUCCGUAGUGAUAAUACUAGUCAUGUGAGUCAAAAUGUAAGUAUCUGCUUGGAGAGUGAAAAUGCGAAUGGAAAUGAAAAUGCGAAUGACGCAAAUAAUGGUAAUGGGAGUGAGGACAUCGAGGCGGCGCUGUCGGCUAUCACAACAGCCACAACACAAAGCAGUGGCAUACUCAGCCCCUUCAACGCCGAAGAGGCGCGUAAGAAGAUUUCAGAGAUUAUCGAGUCCUUCGGCAGCGGUAUACUAAAUACGACUUUAACACCGACAAACGAUAUCGAUUUGGAGUUUGAUGAGAGUAUCGAACCAACGGAACGGCGUGAGUUGGCUGUGCGUUUACGAAAUGCGGGAUUGCUGCACUUGGAACGCAUGCUCUUCGAGAAUGGUUACGACAAUUUUAAAUUUAUGAAUGGCGUCUUUGAAACAACCGACACACAACUGAUGGAUAUACCGAAGCCAGAUGCAAAUAAGUUGAUCGCAUUCGUAAGCACAUUACCGAAGGCGGAAUUUCAACCACAAAUUGUGGGUGUAAAUAAAGAAAGGCAACGAAAAACCGAUAACAACGGUGAUGCAACCACAGAGAAGAAAGGUGUGACGACGCUCAGCGAAUGGCUGCAGAGUAUCUGUCUACCCGAGUACAUUGAAUCUUUCAGCAAACACCUGUACAAUACCAUCGAUAGCGUCUGUGGUGUAUGGGAUGUCGAACUGCAGACGGUACUAGAAAUUAACAAGCUUGGACAUCGAAGACGUAUACUCCAAUCGGUUGCUUACAUAAGGCAAAUACGAGAGCCAAAUAAAACAGAAAAGAGUGGCCAGAACGAGAACAACGAAAUACCAAAAAUGGCUACAUCCGUGAAUGGUGAAACACAACGGCAACCACAACAGGCGCAGCCGCAGCAACGAACCUCAAUUACGGGUUACAGAAAAAAUCGACCUGCACCCCAACCGCCUUGUGAAAAGCCACAACAACAGCCGCAAUUGCAAAUACGCGCGCCAUCGGAACUACUACUCGGGCUACCAGCAAAUUUACGCACAAAAUGGCGACAUUCGGCGAAUGUUUUGCUUAACGAACAAAUCAAAUAUGAAGUUUAUUAUCUGGGCUCGACGGUUGUGAAGGAGUUACGUGGCACCGAAUCGACGCGUAAAUCCAUACAAAAACUGAAACGUGAUGAAGCCGCAGAACAACAGCGUUCUGGCAAAGUGAACCGAAAGAAACCGGCGCUAGUGUGCUUGGCCAUAUCGCAUUUAGGCGUGGAAUUUAUCGAUGUCAACAGCAAGCAAACGAUUUGUGAACAUGAAAUCCAAAAUAUUAACUGCGCUUGCCAGGACUCGGACGAUUUGAGGCAUUUCGCUUACAUCACCAAAGAGUUGGACGUACACUACUGCCAUGUUUUCUAUGUCGAGGGUGCGGACUUGGCUACCGAUAUCAUACUCACGCUGGGACAAGCCUUCGAGGUGGCCUAUCAGUUGGCUUUGCGAGACGGUAUUACAACGACAGCAACGACCAUGUUCAGCGCCAAUUCAUUACUCAGUGGCGCCAAAACUGCUGAAACCGGUGCAGUUGAGUGAACACACACACGCCGAGAGCAACGCAGAGAAGUGGAAACCAAGAAAUAUUACUGUUAAAUUACUUAUUAGCUCAAAAGAAUGUUGUACGAAAUAAGCAUAUAUAAAUUGAAUUAAAAAAAGUUUAAAUUAAAAAAAAAAAAUUAAAAUAGAAGGUUUAGAUGUA